GGAACUCACUCUUUGGCAUUUCCAUUUUGUGUAGGAGAGAAGAAGCUCCAGCUGCCAAUUUGAGUUCGUGCUCAUCUGUAUGUGAGUAUGUGAGCCUGAGUCAGGUUCUCAAGGUUCUGGAUACCCCUUCUGCUUUGUGUUUCUUUCCUUGAAUAUAGGUAACUGAACAGCAGUUCUAAGAUGGAAGUUUGCAGUCUCAGAGGCAGACUCACAAGUCUGAGCAGUCUGAGUCCCUCAGUUGGUACCAUGAGUCCUGUGGGAAACGCUCUUGGGAGAUCUCAGACUGAAACAAACCUAAGGUCUAUGACAUUUUCGCUGGGGCUCUGGGAUACAGGUGCAAAGAGCUAGAGAAAAGAAGAACUUAUCCCCUCUCUCUAGAAGCCAGGCUUCCUCAGUUCAGAACUGAGGUCUGGUCUGCUAGUAAGUUCAGAGCUGGGGCUCCUUAGAGUGAGAAGACACUUCCAUCUCCCUGGGUCAGUAUCUUCUACUGUUACAUAUUUACAUUUUUUUUAUUGUAGUGCUCUUGUUGUGUGAUCCUUAAGGGGAAAUUAUUUUCAAAAGUAUCUUAGCUCCUACUUCCUUAAUAUGUACCUUCAUCCCCACCUCCAGAGACUAUAUAUCAGGAAUUGGAGGCAGUGGUGGGGCUUAGAUUGAAAGAAAAUUAGGUAGAAAUAAAGUCCUGAUUCAGGGAUAUGUAGGGAUAAUUUUAUUCUAAGCACAUUGUGAAGAUAAAAGCAGAGAUUUUUUUUAUCACUACAAGAAUGUAACCCCAAUUCCUUCCCCAAAGGUCUGUCACAUAAGUAUUUGCUAUGACUUGGUGAAUUGUUAGUCUCAAUUCUCUCAUCUGUAAACUGGGGAUAAUAAUAUAACCCAUUUCACAAGGUUGAUGUAGGGAUCACAUGAAAAAAAUAUGUGAAGUGCUUUACAAGCCUUAAAACCUUUAUGUUAGCUAUUUCCAUGAUUAUUAGCUUUGCAUGGUAAUUAAGAAUCGUUCACUUGCAAAUGGUUUGUAUAUAUUAAAUGACACAUAAAUUUCCCUAAGAAGGGAUUCUUGGAAUUCAUUGGCAGACUUCAAGUGGUCUGUGAACUUGGAUGUGAAAAAAUUACGUCUUUAUUUUCACUAACCUCUAACUGAAAUUUGGCAUUUGCUUCAAAUUCUGAAUAUAGGCCACAAGCCCCAGUAAUAUUAAACUUAGACUGCCAAAGAAAUGCAUGACACAAAAAAGAUUAAGAACUCCUGCCAGGUUUGCUGACUCAGAAGGCAAUGGCAUGUUUUAUGAAAUAAUAGUCUCCUUCAUUCCCUUUCUUACACACAGUAAGUACUUAAUGUUUGUUACAUUGAAUUCCUAGAUAAAGGGUUAAACUCGAGUAAGUCCCUUUUACUUUUAAGCCUACAUUGAAUUGAAAUGGCUCCUCAUGAUUUUCUAAACUCAGCUCAGGUCAGUGGUUUUCCCCUAGUGCUCUAGGCACCAGAUCCGUAACGGACAAUUAGCUUGGUUAGUGGGCCUCAGUCCAGUCUUCAAACUGGGAGCGUCUUCCUUCUGAAACUCCAGGGGAAAGUACUCUCGGGGGCACGGGGGUCAUUAUCACCUUCCGUGGGACAUAAACAAUGAAGAAAAAAAAUAAACCGUCCCCCCUUUUUAAAAGUCAGGUGCAAUGAGGUUACAAGCACGCGAUUUUCAGCUGGUCUACAGGAACUGGGUGGGGGCUUCAAGCUCCGAGGUCCCCGCAGGGAGAGAGGUGGUUACCACGGCAACCCGGCCCUGGAGCCAAUAGGUUCUCUCGCUUCCUCUCUUCUUUCUCCGCCCCCUCCGCCCUUCUUCUCAGGCCAAGGUACCAGCCGGUCGGCGUCCCCCUUGCUCGGCGCGCUGAUUGGCCGGCGCAGGCCGGGCGUUGAUUGGCUAUGGAGGAUGCCUUGCUGGCCCGUGGCUAUGGAGGUGGCGGCGGCGGUUGAUGGUUGACUGUUGGCUCUGAGGUCAGGGUCGCCUCCGAGGAGACGCACUGGGCUCCGCAGCUCGGCUGUCCCGGGGCGGCCACGGCUUCGGUUCUCGAGGAGGGGAAUCCAGCUCGGCUCCGCCAUGCCGGCGGGGCGCAGUGAGCCGGACGGCGUCCUCAGCUACCAGAGAGCAGAUGAAGAAGCAGUUGUGGACCAGGGAGGGACCAGUACAAUUCUCAAUAUUCACUAUGAAAAAGAAGAGCUGGAAGGGCAUAGAACUUUGUAUGUUGGAGUCCGGAUGCCUUUGGGACGGCAGAGCCAUCGGCAUCAUAGAACUCAUGGCCAGAAGCACCGGAGACGAGGCCGGGGAAAGGUUCUCAGUCAGGGAGAAGAAGGGCAAGGAUCUCUUGCCCACGACACACCUUCCCAGCGUGUUCAAUUCAUUCUUGGCACUGAGGAGGAUGAAGAACAUGUGCCUCAUGAGCUGUUCACAGAACUGGAUGAGAUCUGUUUGAAGGAAGGAGAGGAUGCUGAGUGGAAGGAGACAGCCAGGUGGUUGAAGUUUGAGGAAGAUGUAGAAGAUGGGGGAGAACGUUGGAGCAAGCCUUAUGUGGCCACUCUUUCAUUACAUAGUCUGUUUGAGCUGAGGAGCUGCCUCAUUAAUGGAACAGUCCUCCUGGACAUGAGAGCAAACAGCAUCGAAGAAAUUUCAGACCUGAUCCUGGACCAGCAGGAAUUGUCCAGUGACCUGAAUGAGACCAUGCGAGUGAAAGUGCGGGAAGCUCUUCUAAAGAAGCAUCAUCAUCAGAAUGAGAAGAAGAGAAAUAAUCUCAUUCCCAUUGUGCGCUCCUUUGCUGAGGUUGGCAAAAAGCAAUCAGACCCAAAUUCUUUGGACAAAAAUGGUCAAACAGUGUCUCCUCAGUCUGUUCCUACUACAAAUCUUGAAAUAAAAAAUGGAGUAAAUUAUGAACAUAGUCCUGUUGAUUUAAGUAAGGUGGACCUUCAUUUUAUGAAGAAAAUACCCAUUGGGGCAGAAGCCUCAAAUGUCUUGGUCGGAGAGGUGGAUAUCCUGGACCAUCCGAUUGUGGCCUUUGUAAGGCUGUCACCUGCUGUUCUUCUCUCAGGCCUCACAGAAGUACCAAUCCCCACAAGGUUCUUGUUUAUCUUGCUAGGACCAGUAGGAAAAGGCCAACAGUAUCAUGAGAUUGGCAGAUCCAUGGCCACGAUCAUGACAGAUGAGAUUUUUCAUGAUGUGGCUUAUAAGGCAAAAGAGCGUGAUGACCUGUUAGCUGGUAUUGAUGAGUUCCUGGACCAAGUGACUGUGCUGCCCCCAGGUGAAUGGGAUCCAUCGAUCAGAAUUGAGCCACCAAAAAACGUCCCUUCCCAGGAAAAAAGGAAGAUGCCUGGGGUUCCAAAUGGAAAUAUUUGCCAUGUCGAACCAGAGCAACAUGGUGGCCAUAGUGGUCCUGAACUUCAACGUACGGGGAGGCUUUUUGGGGGUUUAAUGCUGGAUAUAAAGCGGAAGGCCCCUUGGUACUGGAGUGACUAUCGAGAUGCCCUGAGUUUACAGUGUCUGGCCUCUUUUCUGUUCCUGUAUUGUGCCUGCAUGUCACCUGUGAUCACCUUUGGGGGAUUGCUUGGAGAAGCAACUGAGGGACGAAUAAGUGCAAUUGAAUCUUUAUUUGGAGCCUCGAUGACUGGAAUAGCCUAUUCUCUGUUUGCGGGGCAGGCUCUCACUAUCCUGGGGAGCACUGGGCCGGUGCUCGUGUUUGAAAAGAUUUUGUUCAAGUUCUGCAAAGACUACGCCCUCUCUUACCUGUCCCUUCGAGCCUGCAUUGGACUGUGGACUGCUUUCCUAUGUAUUGUCCUCGUGGCAACUGAUGCCAGUUCUCUUGUCUGCUAUAUUACCCGCUUUACUGAAGAAGCAUUUGCCUCAUUGAUUUGUAUCAUUUUUAUCUAUGAAGCAAUAGAGAAAUUGAUCCACCUGGGGGAAACCUACCCCAUCCACAUGCACAGCCAACUGGAUCACCUUAGCCUUUACUAUUGCAGGUGUACUAUCCCAAAGGACCCCAGCAAUCACACACUGCAGUAUUGGAAGGACCAUAACAUUGUGGCAGCGGAAACCAGUUGGGCCAACCUGACCGUCACUGAGUGUCAGGAAAUGCACGGAGAAUUCACCGGAUCUGCCUGCGGUCGCCAUGGACCUUAUACACCUGAUGUGCUCUUCUGGUCCUGUAUUCUCUUUUUCACAACCUUCAUCCUCUCUAGCACAUUAAAGACAUUUAAGACAAGCCACUAUUUUCCAACCAGAGUUCGCUCCAUGGUGAGUGACUUUGCAGUUUUCCUCACCAUCUUCACAAUGGUGAUUCUUGAUUUUUUAAUUGGUGUACCAUCCCCGAAGCUACAAGUUCCAAGCGUGUUUAAGCCAACAAGGGAUGACCGGGGGUGGAUUAUCAAUCCCAUUGGACCCAAUCCCUGGUGGACUGUGAUAGCCGCAAUCAUCCCAGCUCUCCUCUGCACCAUCUUAAUAUUCAUGGACCAGCAGAUCACGGCUGUCAUAAUUAAUAGGAAGGAACAUAAACUCAAGAAAGGAUGUGGAUACCACCUUGACUUGCUGAUGGUGGCUGUGAUGCUGGGAGUUUGCUCCAUCAUGGGCUUGCCCUGGUUUGUGGCAGCCACUGUCCUGUCCAUUACUCACGUCAAUAGCCUCAAGUUGGAGUCAGAGUGCUCUGCUCCAGGAGAACAGCCCAAAUUCCUAGGGAUCAGAGAGCAGAGAGUAACAGGGCUCAUGAUCUUUGUGCUGAUGGGCUGCUCGGUCUUCAUGACAGCUGUGUUAAAGUUCAUUCCAAUGCCAGUACUUUAUGGAGUUUUCCUCUAUAUGGGAGUUUCUUCACUUAGAGGAAUCCAGUUUUUUGAUCGCCUGAAGCUCUUUGGGAUGCCCGCGAAGCACCAGCCUGACUUCAUCUACCUGCGCCAUGUUCCUUUGCGCAAAGUGCACCUCUUCACCCUCAUCCAGCUGACUUGUCUUGUCUUGCUGUGGGCUAUUAAGGCAUCCCCAGCUGCCAUCAUCUUUCCAAUGAUGGUUUUGGCCUUGGUCUUUGUCCGGAAAGUCAUGGAUCUCUGUUUCUCUAAACGAGAACUGAGCUGGCUAGAUGAUCUCAUGCCUGAAAGCAAGAAGAAGAAGCUAGAUGAUGCUAAAAAAAAGGCCAAGGAAGAAGAGGAGGAUGAGAAAAUGUUAGAAAUGGGGCCAGACAAAUUUCCUUUGGAGAGUAGGAAGUUACUGAGUAGUCCAGGAAAGAAUAACAAUUUCAGAUGUGACCCUUCUGAGAUUAAUAUUUCUGAUGAAAUGCCUAAAACUACUGUCUGGAAGGCUCUUAGCAUGAACACAGGAAGUGCCAAGGAAAAGAGUCUUUUCAACUAAGAAUCUUUGCUGGGAUGGAAGAGAUGUCCUGGGAGGUAACUCAGGGAAGCGCCGGGAAACAGAGAAGGGAGCAAGUUUCUUAGAAAUGAAGAGACUCAUCCUGGCCCCUUCUUCAUUCAGAUAACUGGAUUCAUAUUAAAGCCACACAGAAGUGUUCAGUUAUUUCCAGUGCGCUUUAGAGGACAUUCAGCCAUCCUUAUACCAGCAGGCAGUCUCCAAGUGUAAGCUUGGAAGGAAACAGAAGAAAGCCUCUUGGUCAUCUCUCUCCUCUUCUUCCUCCUCCUCCUCGUCCUCCUCCUGCACCGACCUCAGAGCAGUUGCCACCAUUUACCAUCAAACGUUCCAUUUUGGGGCAAUUCUGAAAUUCUUUCCUUGCUGACCAGUUGAACACCAUGAAUCUUCUCCUCAGCUGCUGAAGAGUCCCAUCAGCCUCUGAUCGCAGCCUCUGCUGCCAUGCUGUACCACGAUAAUGGGCAGAAUGAAAAACGAUAGGGGUGGGACACUGUACGAGGUUUCCUCGCUGGACAGUGAGCAGGUCAGUUCUCUGGCCUGGGGACCUUUUAACGGAGUGGCAGGCUUGGGAUGGCUGCUCUAGUGGGACUUCUCCAGGGAUUGGGCUUCUGACAUGCUGCCCACAACUGCGGUGGGCCCAAGAAGGGGCAGAUUCAUAGCUCCAUGGCCACACCGGCACACAUGUCGAUAAUCUUGGAAAGUAAAAAUUUGUAAAGGGGAAUUGAGGUUCUUUAUAACUGAGAAGAGAAGGCUGAGGGGGAAGGUGAUAACUGUCUUCAUUAUUAUAAAGGGAGAUUAUUUAAAUGAUGAUGAGCAGCUCUUCUCAGAUUCCACUGAGGACGGAAUGAGAGAGACAGAUUGAAGUGCGGCAGAAGAGACUUAGGUUAAAGUCAGGACAUACUUUCUAGACAUAAGAUUUGAUACAGUAUCUCUUUUUUUGGGUAGAUUUAUGAGAGAAGAGUAGGUAGUUACCUUUGGGGAAAGCUCUUUGUAAACCUUACAGCAUAAUCCUUCCCAUAGAUAGGGAGAGGUGAUCUCUCAAGGCUCCUCCAGGUUAGGGGAGUCUGCAAAAAUAAUUUUACUACCACGUUAUAGAGACUUCAGUGUCUUGCUGCUCUCCAUUCAUUACUGCUUCGUGUGAGCACAUUCUGGUGCCACCUCUGGAGAGAUUCAGUGUUUGUGUAAGUCACCCUAGCUGCCUUAGUAGCAAACAACUGUAGGCAAUGGACAGAAAAUACCUUCAGUCACAUAGUGUAGGCAUCAUCUUGAAUUUCCACUAGUUUACCAAAAUUCAGGCUUUCACAUCUCGGAUACAAAAAUAUCAUUGGAAACAAAGCUGAAAGUGGUGAGAUGAAUUUUAAUAUUUAAUUUAAGAUCAAUAUUUAUAGUUAGUCUGUUCUCUCCUUUAUGUUUAAAAGCGAUGUCAAUUGUUUUUACUCUAAUGCUUUUGGAAUUGAUCGUCAAUUGCUCACAGAAUGUAUUGGAGUAAAGGAAAAUCACACCAACA